AUGAAUAACGAAUAAUUUGAAUAAUUAGAGGAUGAAAUAAAUAUACAAGCACAAAAAAGAAGGAUAGGAAAUGUUUUGUUUUAUGUAAGAAAAAAAUAAAAUGUUAAUUUAAUCUUAUAGCUCAUACUCAUCUAAAUAAGAGAGUAGGAAAAAAUGUAUCAAAAUUUUGACUUGAUAAUUUAAUGCAUAAUAUUGUAAUUUAAAUUUAAAGAACAAUAGUUAUCAGUAGAAUUAAUUAAUUUAACUUAAUUUAUAAAAAGAUGUUAGAGAUCUAAUUAUCAACAGAUAAAAUUAAAUAAUUUGUUUAAGAAUUAGAGAAAUAAGAUAGAGAAUUUGUUUAUGAAAUAUAUAAAUUAAAAGUUUAAGAAAAUAAAGAUUAAUAAGAAUUAAAAUAAGAAUCAAUUAAUAAAAAAGCUAAAAAUGUUUUAGGUGUUAACAUUCAAGCAUAAAAUUAAUAAAAAAGAGAUAAUUAUUAUAUAUUUGAUCAUCAUUGUAUACAAUAGAAUUAAUUCUAGAUUUAGAGUAAAAUCCAUUGUCAUAAAAAGAUUUAUAAAUCUAUAAUAAAAUAUCUAUAUAUCUUAUUAUAAUAUGCAGAUAUGAGUUUAUUUAGUAUUAAAACAUUUAAUUUUUGAUUUUGUGUAUUAUAAUAAUAAUUUAAUGAGAAAAACAAAUUAAAAAACUAAUGAUAACAAUUUGAAUUAUUUAAAUGGAGGAGGUUUUGCAGUUCGUCCAAAAUCAUUGCUUUGUACAGAAUAUAUCAAUUUCUAGGCACAAUUUGUGGAAGAGAGUUUGGAACAGCUUCAUUAGAAAUUCAUUAAAAAACUUGUAUCAAAAAGUAUUAAAAUGAUUUGAUUAAUAUGGAUCCUGGUCAUAGAUAAUAGAUGCCUACUAGUAAUAAUAAAUAAUUUACCUUUUAGCACAGUAGGUUUUAUAAAAAUUGAACCAAGAGAAAUAAGUAAGGUAAUAAGGAGGAACAAAGAUUGGUUAAAAAUCAUAACAGUUUUUAUAAGAAUAACCAUAAUAAGUUAUGGCUCUUGUUGGAGUAUGAUUAUUAAAUAACAAUUUAGUGCAGAAAAUGUGGAAGAAGAUUUAAUCCUGAUAGAAUCAGAAAACAUGAAUCUGUUUGUAUAGGACCAGAACCAGAUAUUUAAAAAAUUAAAGAAUAAUAAUAAGAAUAGAACAAAAGGGUUGCCAAAUACUUAAGACCCAAAUAAACUGGUAAAUGGAAACAAGAACAUCUUGAAUUUUAAUAGGCUUUAAGAGAGAUGAGGAAAGUUGCAUAAUAAGAAAAAGCAGAAGGAAGAGGUAAUCCAUUUGGUCAUCAAUAAUAUGGUUAAUCAUAUGGUAUGUCAAAUAAAUAACAACCUACAAAAUAUGGUAAGACCAAUUAAUAUCAGUAAAAUUUUCAUAAUCAACCUUAAUCAAAAUAAUAAUAAUAAUAUAAAUAAACACACUCUUAAUAAUAAUAAUAUUAAUAAUAAUAGUACAAUCAAAAAGGUUAUUCAUAAAGUGUUAAAUCAACUCAUAAAUAACCAAAUUUAGAAUAAUAAUAAUAAACAAAGAUAAUAUAAAAGUCUCCAAUAUCUCAAAUGCCAUAAAAAUAAUACUAAUAACCAACUAAAAGUUCUUAUAAUGAUGUUGGUUAUGGUAGACCUGCUUGUAAUGUUGGUGGUGGAGCAUGUAUAAAAAUAUUAUUAAAUAUUAGCUUACUAAAUUGCUCAUUCUAAUGUUAGUACAUUUAGUCUAUUUACUUAAGAUGGAAAGCCAAAAAACUAUGAUAAUUAUCAAUAAAACAACCCUUAUGCAAAGAAAAAUGGGUUAUAUUGA